AGAACCUCUAAUCAGAGUGACGACAAACAGGGGGUUUCCGCCAUAUUUCAUCGAAAUCGUGCGAGAGAGAAAGAGAUAUGUGCUGUCCUUCAUGUGCUUCCAUCUCAUCCUAAGUGCAGAAAGUACAGCAUAAACACUCCUAUAACCUCAGGGAAAGUCGCGUGCUCAUCUUUCAUCGAACGGUGUUUCGCCUUUAUCGGUGAGAAUGCCUUGGAUACUGUAAAAACAACGGCGUUUUGCACUCUGCCGAAGGACGCCCUGGUUAAACUGAUAUCCUCGGAUUAUCUCGCUCUGGAGGAGGAGGACGUGUGGCGAGCGGUCCUCAAUUGGGCUAAGUAUCAGGCGGGUGUAACGCAGCCCACGCAACACUGGACCGAAGAAGAGCGUGUGCGGGUAUGCCAGCAUUUGUCCGGAGUGAUACAUCACGUACGGCUGUUGUUGAUCGACAGUCAGGUGUUCGCGGAGGAGGUAGAGCCGACCGGCGCGGUACCGAUCGAGCUGUCCUUGGAGAGGUACGAAUUUUUCAAUGCCGAUCGAUCGAGCGGCUCAGAAUUUCUAAGGUAUGAUCUAGCGGGACGGCACUCACCGUUUCGCGGGUACCUCUUCGAUCUCGACGACUGCUUUAGGUAUAGGUACGCCGCCUUGCCGAACAAGUUCGCUGAGAUCUGCACGGACAAGCGACUGCAGCCGCGAGUCAGCCCGUUCCUCUUCCCGGGCUCGCAGAUCCUCUCCAGGGACAAGAUGGGCUCCCAGCGGCUGCUCAAUCAAUGGUACGGCGUGGCCAAACAGAGCUGGCGGCUUAUCUACCGGGCGUCCAGUCACGGAUACUCGGCGGCGACGUUCCACCGCUACUGCGACAACAUCAGUCCGACGUACGUGAUAGUGCUGGGGAUGCGCGGCGAGAUAUGCGGCGGUUUCAGUGACAGUCCGUGGAGCAAGCCGGCGAAGGCGCAUUAUGUCUCCUCGGAGAAGGCCUUUCUCUUCACGUUGGCGAACAACGAGGACGUGCCGCCGACCAAGUUCGACAUCGUGAAGAAGUCCUUCGCGACCUGCCACCAUCCUGACAUAGGUCCGAUUUUCGGCGCGGGCGCUGACCUGCUGAUAUCGAGCAAUUGCAACGUCAAUAAGGAGAGCUACAGCAACCUGCCGCACAGUUACGAGGGCGAUCACGCGUCCAACACCGUGCUGAUGGGGGACUAUCACUUCUCCGUGGUCGACUACGAGGUCUUCACGACGAACCAUCCGAUGCCCAAGUCCAAUCACUGACUCGAUCGCCGAUUUGAUGAUGGACUGCGCGUCUGUAAAUACUCAUCAUUUUCCUCGCGUGACAUAUUCGCGCUGAUCGUCGCAAAGUCGCCUCGAAUUUAGUCCCCACGACUCAUAUCUCGAGCGUUGAAGAGCAGCGACAGUUCGCUCAUUGCGAUACCUACGUACCUCUGUACUCAUUUCGUUUUCGACGAACCAAUUAAAAGACUGCACUAAGGAUCACGUCGACUCGGGGAGUUUUAUUGUAAGUAAGUAAGUAAAUAAUAAUACGAUACACACACGUUGUCAUAUUUUCACAUCGAUGAAAAAUUAUGGCCCGUAUUCUGAAUUCCCUUCUAUCGAUGAAGUUGCCUCCAGAAAAUGGUGUAGGAAUCCGAUUGACUGAGAAGUCACAUUUAAGGCGUUU